ACGAAGAAGAAGGCGACCAUGUUGAUUUAAAGGAAGAAGAAACACAAUAGAGGCGAUUUAUUUCAAGAAAAAAUCUGUUACUAAAGCGAAUUACAAAGGAAGUAGUUGAUCAACCGCACAUCGUGUACACCUUGCAACUUACCAGAGAAACUAAGGUUACAAGUCUGAGUUGUUGGCUGACUUUGAGGAGGCAGCGGGUUGAUCACGGCCACACUCGCACACUUCACACACCGACCUGAAGACCUGUUGUUUCAGGAAGGAGAAGGUUGAACACCUGGAGGAGAGAGGAAACGCACACUGAGGACUCAAAAGGGGUUUAAAGCUUUUUGGCUUUGGACUAGAUAACCCCUUGUACUUGUGAAUUCAGGAUCCAGUUUUUUUUUUUGUUUUGUUUUGUUUUUCACACAGUGGAGCAACAUUUAUCCACACAGUGGAAAUAAACGAAGAGCAUUACAGACUAUAUGAUUUUGGGGAAAAACUUGUACAAAGUUGGACAUCCUUUUUUUUCAGGGACAGGGAUAUUGAGCAACUCUGUGGACUCAAAGUGGAAAGAGGAAAUAUUGUUCAAUUUAGAAACAUAAGUUUAAGCGUUGAACUAAGAUUAUAUUGAAGAGGCUGUUCCCCAAGUUCAGAUUGCCUUAGUUGUUCUAUUUCAGGACUUGAACCGCUUUGAUACUUGUUCACAUAUAAUUUUUCUAUAUUGUGGGCAAGUAUAUUCAUGCAUAUGAAUGCAAAUUUCUCUUCAUUUUGAAGAGCUCUUGUGUAAAGACGUGUUUUUUUGUUGUUGUUGUUUUUGUACGUCAGUCACUCUGUUGUUGAAGGGGACCGAACUGCACGUACAUGUGUAUAUGUAAAUACUACGAAUUGACUUCUGUUGUAAAAGCUUUGGACUUAAAGAAUAGAGAAUAUUGUUUGUUAAUGCUUUAUUAAACUUUUUUACUUUUGAAGAGAAUUUUUAAAAAGAAAACCUAAGAGGCAAAAAUCUAAUACUUUGCAGAAAAAAAAACUUAAGCAAGGAAAACAGGAAAAAUGGCAACCGCCAGAACAGAAAACGUUGGCCCUGUCGUCAUGGGACUGAACAAGCAGAACGGGCAGCUCAGAGGACAGACCAAACCAGCUUCAGUCCAGCCAGCACCCACAACUCAAGGAAAGGCUUUGGGUGCACCCCAGAUAGCAGGUGGUGCCGCUCAGGACGGAGGAGGCAUCAAGUUUGGAGAUGACUGGAAAAAGAGCCUAAAGCUCCCUCCCAAAGACAACAGGGUCAAAACCUCAGAUGUGACAUCCACUAAGGGGAAUGAAUUUGAAGAUUACUGUCUCAAAAGAGAACUCCUGAUGGGCAUCUUUGAGAUGGGUUGGGAGAAACCUUCCCCUAUCCAGGAGGAGAGUAUUCCCAUUGCCCUGUCUGGACGGGAUAUUCUGGCUCGGGCCAAGAAUGGAACAGGAAAGAGUGGAGCCUAUCUCAUCCCACUGCUGGAGAGAAUAGACCUGAAAAAGGACCACAUACAGGCACUUGUCAUGGUGCCCACCCGUGAGCUAGCCCUGCAGGUGAGCCAGAUCUCCAUCCAGAUCAGCAAACACCUCGGGGGAGUCAAAGUCAUGGCCACUACCGGGGGCACCAACCUGCGAGAUGACAUCAUGCGUCUGGAUGAGACCGUGCAUGUGGUCAUCGCCACGCCUGGUAGAAUCCUGGACUUGAUAAAGAAAGGAGUGGCAAAAGUGGAUAGGGUCCAGAUGAUGGUGAUGGAUGAGGCGGAUAAGCUGCUGUCUCAGGAUUUUGUGGUGCUCAUUGAAGAUAUCAUCAGCUUCCUGGCCAAGAACAGGCAGAUCCUGCUCUACUCUGCAACCUUCCCCAUCAGCGUGCAGAAGUUCAUGGCCAAGCACCUUCAGAAACCCUAUGAGAUAAACCUGAUGGAGGAGCUCACUCUGAAGGGCAUUACUCAAUACUACGCCUACGUCACGGAAAGGCAGAAAGUCCACUGCCUCAACACACUGUUCUCCAGGCUUCAGAUCAACCAGUCGAUUAUCUUCUGUAACUCCACUCAGAGGGUGGAGCUCUUGGCCAAGAAGAUCACUCAGCUGGGCUACUCCUGCUUCUACAUCCAUGCCAAGAUGAUGCAGGAAUACAGAAACCGUGUGUUCCACGACUUCAGAAAUGGACUGUGCAGAAACCUGGUCUGCACUGAUCUCUUCACCAGAGGUAUUGACAUCCAGGCUGUCAAUGUAGUCAUCAACUUCGACUUCCCCAAGAAUGCUGAGACUUACCUCCAUCGUAUUGGAAGAUCAGGGAGGUUUGGUCACUUGGGUUUGGCCAUCAACCUGAUCACAUCAGAGGACCGCUUCAACCUGAAGGCCAUCGAAGACCAGCUGGUGACCGACAUCAAGCCCAUUCCCAGCAGCAUCGACAAGAGCCUCUACGUGGCCGAGUUCCACUCGUCCAGUGCUGACUGUGACGUGGAGGAGAUUGAGGAGAAACCAGGACGCCAACAGGACAGCACCUAAAACAGGACAGCAGGACACACCGGGCUUUUGCAAAGACAUCAGCGCUUGCACACAGGCUUCAGGCACCUCUUUAGUUUCACAUUUCUCACUUAUUUUCAGAGCCUGUCAAAUGGAUGUAAAGGCCCUUUUUUUCCCCUCACAAAGAGAGCUGCCUCUUUUUUUUUUUUUUUUUUUUUUUUUUUUUUUAAUUAAUUGAGAAACGAUAUUGUUUUGCACCAAACUCAGAAUGGACCGUGCAUCCUGCGUAUGAGCUCAGCGUGAUUUUCCUAAAAUAUAUCUCAGAUAGACAGCACUUCCUGUCGAAACGGAGGCCGCAGUGCAAAUGAGUAUCAAAGCUGUUGUGAACCAGUGUUCUUGGAGACCGUUUUCAUCUUCGGCAGUGAGGUUGGUCUCUUUUUAAUGUUACAAUGGUGCACUUACACCAGCCAUCGUUCUGUCCACUUACACUGUUGUCGUCACUUAAGUGCCUUACUUACUCCCAUGUGCACUCAUCCAUUCAUAGCCUGCUGUCUUCUGUCAUGCAGCAGAGUACGAGCACAAAUCAAUGAAUUUAGUAGUAACCCGACUUUAUUUAAACAUCCGUUAUGCAAGGGAAAAAGACAACACACGCGCUCUCUCUGUCCUGCUGAGAGGUGUGUUGAAACACGGCUCCUUAAAAACCAUCCUGAAUGUGAACGUUUAUUUUUAAUGUGAACGUUGCAAUAAAAAGGGCAGCUUUAUUUAAAUACUGCGUGACUGUUUUUCCCUCUUCACCGUGAAUAAUACAUGAGCAGAAUUAAUACGAGGAGACGGCUAAAGACACAAGCCCCCGUACUGAUUCAUGGAUGUUAGCCUGCAACCACACAAACAGCAUGAUAGAUGAACAGCAGCCUCAUGCUGUUACAUUAUGGCUGUUGCUGGGGCGUUUGCCCACGGACAGCUUAUGUCUGGAGGUUCUUUUACAUAAAUAAUCAUAUUGGGCUGGUGAAUACUGUAAACCCAUCGGCCACUGAGGCUGGUAGAUGACAAACUGGUUUCCUCCCCUGCAUGCUGCUGCAGCACAGGACUAAUGCAUCAGAGGCUGGUUCACAACAGUUUUGAUAGCAUAACAUUUGCGGUUACCUAGCUGAUACACAAUCAGCAGGUCCAAGGAUAACACUGAAUUUGUGGACGUUGGUGCAAAACAACAGUUUCUAUCAUUUCCCCCCCCGAGUUUUUCACAUUCAGUUUUAACAGUGUGGAAAUGCAAGGUGGAUUCAAUAACAGGAGCGUUUUUGCAAAUCCUUAUGUAAAACUUUCUUUUUAAGCCCCUUCAUGACAAAAUUGAAGUGGGUGAAUGUAUUAGUUGCCAAUGUGAAUACUCUCAAGCCCAGUGGUUGAACGCCAACCUCUCAUAGUUGACAUUUAUAUUGCUGCUGUUGCAUGACAGACUCCUUUGGGCUUUAUUUUUAUGAAACUAUAUACUGGAUAUGAGAUGGUUUCAUGGACCACCACGUGAUGAAACCUGCUCAGUCUGUAAAGGACUACAUUGAUCUUCAAUUGAACUAUGACUAAAAUCAGAAAAGUCUUUCCACAGCAGCAGCAGCGAUAUCUUUUUUUGUUUUCCCCAGCACAGCUUUGUUUCCUGAUGAUAACAAUGUGAGGAGUGGGCUCUGUGUUUGAAAGCAAAAUUGUAGCAUUUCUGAACAGGCAGCUGUGACUUCUUUGUUUUUGUCCUCCCCUUAACAGAGCAUCACUAACGAUAAAAAAAAAGACAUAAAAAAGAAAGUAUUUUUGCUUUUAAGAUUUAUUUUUGAUGUUGCUUAAAGCAAAGAGGGGAGGGAGGGGACUGUGAGGCUUUAGCACUGGGGAACUUGAGGUUUUUUUUGGGUGGGUUUGCAGAAGCCAAGUGUUUAUCAGAUGCUCUCUGGGCAUCUGGAAUCUUUCCUUCUCUCUGGUACUUAAAGCAAAUACAAAAGUUUUGAUUUAAAGUUGUUUUUCCCCUCAAAAGUACACAAAAGACCUUGUUUUCUUUAAGUGCCAGAGAGAGUAUUAAGUUAUACAAGAGAGAGUUUCUGGAAAGUGUCGAAGCACCAUGAUCUUCUCGAACCUGCUCCAUGUGUGCGCGUAACGGAUGAUCAGAGUGCUAUGACUUGUUCUCAGCAACUCAAUCCUUUUUCCACUAGGGCAAUCUUUAUACGAGGUGUUAUGAAUCAUUUUGAGGAAACAAAAUUGUAAGUGAUUCAUUGUUUACACUAGUCGUUUACAAUUAUACAAAGAAAAAAAACAAGAAAAUACUUUGCUUCAUGAGGAGGUUGGAGGAGGUUGAAUAUUUUUGUUCCUUUUUUUCCUUGAAAUAGAUUUUCAGGAUUUACAUUGAAGCAAAACCAAAAAAGGAGAAUGUCGUAUGAGUGUGUGUAAGAGAGUGACAUGUAGGUGUGUGAGUGUGAGAGAUAAAGAGUGAUGUGCAGGCGACUGUUUGAAUGGUGUGUGUGUGUGUGUGUGUGUGUGUGUGUGUGUGUGUGUGUGUGUGUGUGUGUGUGUGUGUGUUUUGAGUGAGUGAGAAAAGGCAUGAGGUGUGUGUGUGUGUGUGUGUGUGUGUGUGAGGCUGUGACAGGCUGAGUUUGUUAACAAUCAUUAUGUUUACAUGCAGCUUCAAGUUAACCAGAAAAUCAGAUAGUUUUGAAGAAACUGGAGCCAGUUUGGUUACUGGUGUAUAAAACUGGUAAUUUGGAAUAAGAAUAAAACUUGCCGACAGUUUGAGGCUGCAUGUAAGCAUAAUUUAUGUUUGUUUUGUUUUUUUCUCUGUGUUUUCAUGUGUAGACUCGUCAUGUGUUUUGUUGGGGGUGUACAAUGUCUUAAAUAUCAGUAUGGAUGAUGUGAUGUUUGUUUUUUGUUUCAUUUUCCAUCUCCCUCUUCCUUCAGAAGCUCAAGUUUGUGGCAUAAAUCUCAUUUCUAAUGACAGAUUUCUUUUUUUUCUUUUUUUUUUUUGGAUGUUUUAUGUCCCUGAUCACGUCCCUGACAGUCAUUCCAUGAACUCCUUUGUGACCGAAAUAGCAGCAAAGAUAAUAUAUUUAUAGCUGAGCCUAUCAAAAUCAAGUGGGGAGAGAUGUGGAAUUUGUCACAUUCAUGUUAUUUUUAAAGAGGCGACAUUAAAAAAAAUCACCACCUGGCUAUUGGUUAUUCGACGUUAUCUAAAUUUUUUGCCUGGAAUUGACUGUUACGCCUUCAGUUAUUUGUAGUUCCAGCCGUAGCUUAUUAGUUAUAACAGUUUUAUUACACACAAUACAACUGAUGACUGGAGCUACAAAACUGAGCCCUAAGUUGUAAUAAACCAUAGUAAAUGUUUGCAUCAGUGAUCACAACGGAGGUCAUGCUGAAUGCGGUUAUGAAUGUCGAUUCUGUCAUCUGGUGUUGUUGAGACGUCUUCGUGUGUGUGUGUGUGUGUGUGUGUGUGUGUGUGUGUGUGCGCGCGCGCACUCUGGCCUGUUGAGUCAGGAGUGUUGACAGGGGUGGGUGGGAUAUUUGUCAAACUUUGAAAAGGGUAACUGUUAAAAAAAAAGAAAAAAAGAUUUGAAACAGGUGAGGAGUUGGAUGCAAAAUUUGGGGAUUCUGCAAAUUCUAAAUUGGUGGAAAUUUAAAAAGAAAAAGAAAAGCAAUACCUUGACUUAAAACUAGUAUUAAUGGCUGAUCUACCCCUAAUAUCUCUACUGUGCAUAGCUGAAUUGAAUUGGAGCUCUUAAUUUGCUGCACUAAUGUAGACUCACCCACGCUUCAGGCCGUUUCAGCCAAACGUAAUGACGAACUCAGCAGAAUUGUUGCAGUAAGCUGAAGUCACAGCAGUAUUUCCCCUGCAGCGUGGAUAGAAAUCAGUGGAAUUGGCUCUCAAAUUUUUUGUUUUAAUGUAGCUGAGGAUAAAGUUGCAAUUGCAGUAUUUUCUCUACAACAACACGGACAGGAAGGAGAGGUGAAACAGUGAUUCUACUUGGUUCACAAAAAUGUUGUUUCAGUCAAUUCCUCAUACUUAAACUCUGUUUUCUUUUCAAAAAAUACCCUGGUCGUCACUUUUUUUUCUCCUUUGAGUUGAGUCUUCUCUGUACUGAUUGGUACCGUGGUGGCCCAGCUUCUCCCAAAACAAUUGUCAGCCCCAUGUUCAAGUGAGUUGCAUCAUUUUGGACUUUAAUUGUAAUAACCUAAAACCAGACUCCAUGUUUUUUGGAUGUCUGUUUAUUUUCCUUCCCUCGCUGUCCCAUGAUUUCCUUUGUCAAACCAUUCGAAUAAAACACAGUAACCAUCAGGUGGUACCAGAAAAAUAUAAUUCUUGCAUUGUUUUGUUUUCCUUAAAAAAUGCAUUGAAGAGGCACAAGGUUUGUCACUGGCUUGUGCCGAUCACUCUGUCCUCUACUGUUGUAACGUGGAAAUACAUGCAGGGGUUAAAAUUCAAUAAAUUCAACUGAAAUUUA